UCCCAAAUUCCCCAAUUCCCAAGCAACCAAAAUUUUCUCAACCAGAAAAAUAUUUCGCAUUCCCAUCUCACAACGGCAUUUCAAAACCCCCCUCGGCCCUCCCCUUGAAAAACCCAAAUCCCAAACCCCGAAACUCCUCCUCUAUCUGUCUUUCUUCUUGAUGCAAGUGUUCGGAGCUUCUCUUUGAUUCGCACCCGCUCGCUAUGUUGAGCUCUCCGUGCUCUCACUCUCUCACCCACCGCCCCUUCCUUCUCCCCUCUCUCUCUCGGAUUAGGGUUUCCAACCGACCCGGAACUCUGUGCCCCAAUACCCGAACUCUGCGGAGCUUUCAAUCUCAUUCCAACCUCUCAAAGAACAUUAUUUUGCAGAGGUUGAAAAUAUCAUGCUUUAGGCAUGAAGAUGUUGCUUCAGAAACUCCAAAGACUGAAUUUGUAGAACAUUAUCUGCCUGAGGAGUUGGUGAAUUUAGAAAAUGAUAAGUCAAGUGCUGGUAAAAGAGAUUGGGCGUCGAGUCUUCGAGAGGCUGCAAAUGCAGUGUUUAGGGUGAUUGGGAGCCAGUGGACUGUACCUUGGACGGCAGAGACCAUACUGCAGGUUAUGCUUCUUUGGAUUGCUGCGUUUUGGUUUAUAGGCUCAUGGAUGAUACCAUUUGUGGCCCAUGUAGCAGGUUUCAACAAGGAAUCUCUGACAUAUAGAGGACAAGCCUUAUUCAGUCUCAUAACCGAUGUAACUGAAGGCCUCGCUGGAAUUGCAAUCCUUCAUCGAUGCCUGUCUAGGUUUCGGCCUCUUCCACCUGAUUGGUUUAAGUUUAGUCUGAAAGGGAACUGGCAUAUUGAUGUCAUUCUGGGAUGCUUCAUGUUUCCGUUGGUCAACCGGGUCUCACAGUUCAACCUUAACCUACUACCUCUUUUGCCUUCUACACCUGUCACCCUCUCAAGCGUCGAGCAGUCAAUUUUGGCUCGGGAUCCUGUGGCGAUGGCAUUGUAUGCUGUAGUAGUUUCUAUUUGUGCUCCAGUCUGGGAGGAAAUAGUCUUCCGCGGUUUCCUUCUUCCUUCCUUGACCAAGUACAUGCCUGUAUGUUGUGCAAUACUGGUGAGCUCAGUCGUCUUUGCUCUAGCACAUUUUAAUGUACAGAGGAUGCUACCGCUUAUUUUUCUUGGGAUGGUAAUGGGUGUUAUUUUCACACGGUCAAGGAAUCUAUUACCAUCAAUGCUCUUGCAUAGCCUUUGGAAUGGAUUUGUGUUCUUAGAUUUAAUGAAAUAGCUUCAUAAAGUUGUACUUAAUAUAUAGUUCAAUGAUGGGUCAAUCCAUUAUCAAUGGAGCACAACUUCAGGCUGACCCGUGGGGCUGCAAUUCUUCCGAGGACCGGACUACGCCCCUUACAAGGAUGGAUGUAAUUCUUCCACAAGCCGAAUGCAAGAGAGUAUCAGGAAUUGUGGUGACGAGCUAUUCCAUCAAAUCUUGUAUUUUGAGAGCAUCAAUUCACUACUUUGUUCAUGUCUCUGAUGAUAUACAGGCUAUGAGGUCAAAAAGAGAGAAUGUGAACAAUCAUUUUCCACAAAGGGUCUUGCAUUUCCAGCAAUGUGAAACUUGGUUGUAAAUUUCUUGAU